GUCUUUGGAAAUUUGGCAGCAGUGAGCACGGUCCCUUGGCGCUGUCAGCUUUUAAUCGAGGAUCAGGCCUCCCAACUGUGGACUCAAUGUUGUAUAAUCCAGCCCUAUAGCUUAGUUUCGCUGAGCAUAGUUCCGAAGGGAUGAAGAAUAUAUCGUCUAGUGUCCAUCGUCUAGUGUCUGGGGAAACUGGAAAUUUGGCGGUUAAAGUCAAGCAAGGCAACGUUCUGCACAUGUCACAGAGCCUUUGGCGCGCGAGACCUUGCAUGCUCUAAUUUCCACUUGGUGCUCGGAAGAUCCUACCACCAAUCACAACCCUACCUCCUCCACUAUUGCAGGGUUGUGAGGGCAGAGACUUGCUCGCUAUCGCUUCGUCGAUUGGUUCGCACUCUGCAGGUGUCCAUCCGCCCUCUGCCGUUUUGCUGGGCUGAGAUGCAACCACCCAUGCUGGAGCGUGCUGAUCGCCAUGGACCUCGACUCGUGAGGGAGACAGACCAGUUGGGAAAAGGAACCUGACCAGCCCCCGCGAUAUCAAAGUUCUGACUAUCGCUCUUUCGGGUUUACCGUUCACCUCGGGGGAGACCGAAAGACCUGGUGGCUGGCUGAUGCAAGGUUGAAUUGAGAAAUAAUGCAAACAAACGUGUUCAGGGCUGAAGAUCGGGCAUAAACCCGGCCAGCCUCCGAGAGGCCCCUGGACGGCCUCUGCUCGCUUUCUGUCCUUCUCUUCCUGACUUGCUCGAGAGGGUUUCCGCGCAAGUCGUACUCUCUCACCAUGGCCUCCGACGACAGCAACAAGAAAACUCAGGGAGAGCCAGCCAAUGUCUCCGAGGUCGGCUCUGAUCCCCUGAGCGCGACCGUCGAGUACAGGCGGCAUCCGAUUUAUUCGCCCAGCGAGUGGCUUUACGAGUCCAUCAGUUCAAUCCUGGCUUUGGGCCUCCUCAUCGCGAUCGCCAUCAUCUUCUCGUAUAUGGACAACAAGCGCCUCGAUGCCUGGAACUCUCGUGUCUCUCUCAACGCGACAAUUUCCAUUCUCACGACCGCCUGCACGACGGCGCUGAUGCACGGAGUCAGCACAUUCAUCGGGCAAUCCAAGUGGCUUCACUUUAAGAAAGGCCCGCGCAAACUCGCGCAUCUCGAAAUCUUUGACGGAGCCAGCCGUGGCGUCUGGGGAUCCCUCCUUUUGCUCGCCUACAUCCCCUGGAACUUGGCGACGAUCGGCGCGCUUGUCUCAAUCUUGCGUCUGGGCUUCUCGCCAUUUGCACAGCAAGUGGUCCUCAUCGAACAGCGUAAUGUCACAACUCCCGACAGUAGCGCGACCUUUGGAUACGCACACACCUACUCCCACCGCAAUUUCCCAGGAUCGGCAACCGCUCUAGAAGAGGCCAUUCCGCAGGAUCCCGGUAUGCAAUCCGCAAUAUACCAGGGCUUGUACGGGAUCAACACCACCGAACCUUUUAGUUGCUCUGGCACAUGUCAAUGGAGCGGAUCAUACAUAGCACUAGGGUUCAGGUCCGAGUGCAAAAAUGUGACAGAGGCCACACUGCAAACGGCCCGCUGUGAGACCCGAGGGUCCAACACCUCCUGUAACAUGACAGCACCGAAUGGGUUAGGCCUUCGAACUGAAUGGAUAUUCACGAAUUCCGCCAUGACCUUCGUCAUGAACGCGUCUGCGAUGCAAAAUCAGGGAAACGAGACGACCAACCUUCCCGAAAUCGCCAGAUUCGCAAUCUGGAGGUCGACGCCAGACCACAAUUUCAAUAUAUCCAUGGAGAACGUCACAGAGUGCUCUCUCUUCCUCACGGCGUACGAGUACUCAGGGGCGUCAGCGAACGGGCCCAAUAUUUCCUUUGCACAUAGACGAGAGGUCGAUUUCGGGGUCGAUAAUCCGUGGUCUCUAGAACGUUUCACCUUGACCAGCCCUUUAUACACCAACGAGACGAGUGUUGGCAAUAUGGUUAUCCCUCGUCUUGAGAUAACAUACUCCAGACUAUCCGCGAUUGAACAAUUCUUCGCGUCACCGUCAAUGUCGACGUCCUGGAAUAUAGGAAACGCUAGGAACAGAGACCUGGGCGUCGCCGCCGCCCUCUCCGGGGAAACGAACAUUACGGAGCGGUUCGAGAGGAUGGCAACUGCCAUGACCAACUAUGUGCGGUACGGUCCGGAUACGCAGACUGCGCAAGGCGAGCUGAUUGAGAGCGUGCCAUUCGUGUCGAUCCGCUGGGGCUACUUUGUCGUCCCUAUUGUGACCGAGGGCUUCGCCAUCUUGUUCGCAAUCCUGAGCAUAAUCAACAAUCGCAAAAGCCGCAAUGUUCCGCUAUGGAAGUCAUCGACGCUUGCCGUGCUCGAAUGCCGGCAUGAAGAGCGUUUGGGGCUCCUGCAGACUACCGGCAAGGACAUCGACCAGAUUCAGGCAGAAGCUCAGAAGGCAGAAGUGCGGCUGCAAUAG